AUGCCCGGCCAGUUCGACCUCGUUGCGUUCGGCAACCCGCUGCUCGACAUGCAGAUCCGCGACGGCGAGGAGGUGCUCAAGAAGUACAACCUCAAGUCCAACGACGCCAUCCUUGCCGAGGAGUCGCACCAGAGCAUCUACGAGCACAUCGUGGAGAAGUACGACGUCGUGUACGUCGCCGGCGGCGCCGCUCAGAACACUGCGCGCUGUGCGCAGUAUGUGCUGCCCGAGAACUCGACGGCCUACCUCGGCUGCGUGGGCGACGACGAUCUGGCCCAGCAGCUGCGCGCCGCCAACGACAAGGAAGGCCUGCGUUCGGCCUACCAGGUCAACAAGGCGCUGCCGACGGGCUCCUGCGCCGCCAUCAUCUCCGGCCACGACCGCAGCCUCGUGACGCGCCUCGGCGCCGCCGAGAGCUUCAGCAAGGCGCACCUCGAGACGCCCGAGGUCAAGAAGCUCAUCGCCGAGGCCAAGUUCUUCUACAUGGGCGGCUUCUUCGUCACCCACGGCGCCGAGAGCGGCCUCAUCAUUGCCAAGCAGGCCAAGGCAAACGGCGUGCCGUUCUCCCUGAACCUCUCUGCGCCCUUCAUCCCUCAGUUCUUCUCGCAGCAGCUCGACUCCAUCCUGCCUUACGCGUCGCUGGUGAUCGGCAACGAGUCGGAGGCGGUGGCGUACGCCGAGGCGCACUCGUACGGCACCUCGGACCUCAAGGCCAUUGCCGAGAAGCUCGCUGCCUCGCCCAGCGAGCUGCAGGGCGCGCGCACCGUCAUCAUCACGCACGGCUCCGAGCCGACGAUUGUCGUCGAGGGCGGCCGCACGCGCGAGAUCGAGACGGCCAAGAUUGCGAGCGAGGACAUCGUGGACACCAACGGCGCCGGCGAUGCCUUUGCCGGCGGCGUCGUGGGCGCGCUGAUUCUCGGCAAGAGCAUCGAGGAGGCCGUCAAGGUGGGCCAGAAGCUGGGCGGCAUGUGCAUUGGCCAGGUCGGACCCUGCCUCAAGUUCCCCAAGGAGCAGAUCAUCUAA